GCCAAGAGUUGGCCAUGAAGAGCCUCAAGUCCCGCCUGAGGAGGCAGGACGCACCCAGUCCCGCGUCGUCCGCCACCGCCGCCGCCAGUGGGCAUGUAGCAGAUUGGAGUAAAUAUGAUGACCGCUUGAUGAAAGCAGCAGAACGGGGGGAUGUCGAAAAAGUGUCCUCAAUCCUUACUAAGAAAGGGGUCAAUCCAGGCAAACUAGAUGUCGAAGGCAGAUCUGCCUUCCAUGUUGUGGCCUCAAAGGGAAAUCUUGAGUGUUUGAAUGCCAUCCUUCUCCAUGGAGUUGAUAUUACAGCUAGUGACACUGCUGGAAGAAAUGCUCUUCAUCUGGCUGCAAAAUAUGGACAUGCAUUGUGUCUGCAAAAGCUUCUACAGUACAAUUGUCCCACUGAACACACAGACCUCCAAGGACGAACUGCACUUCAUGAUGCAGCGAUGGCAGACUGUCCUUCUAGCAUUCAGCUGCUGUGUGACCAUGGGGCCUCUGUGAAUGCCAAAGAUGGAGAUGGGCGGACACCUCUUGUCCUGGCUACUCAGAUGUGUCGGCCAACAAUAUGCCAAAUGUUGAUAGAUAGAGGAGCAGAUAUUAAUUCCAGAGAUAAGCAGAACAGAACUGCUCUUAUGCUAGGCUGCGAGUAUGGUUGCAAAGAUGCCGUAGAAGUCUUAAUUAAAAAUGGUGCCGACGUGAGCUUGCUGGAUGCCCUGGGCCAUGAUAGUCCUUAUUAUGCAAGAAUUGGUGACAAUCUGGACAUUCUAACCUUACUGAAGACUGCAUCAGAAAAUACCAACAAAGGGAGAGAGCUUUGGAAGAAAGCACCAUCUUUCCAACAGCGGCAUUUGACACAUAUGCAAGAAGUAAAUACAAAGUCAAGUCAGAGGGAGCAUCAAAAUUUUCAGGAUCUGGAAAUUGAAAAUGAAGAUUUGAAAGAGAGGUUGAGAAAAAUUCAGCAAGAGCAGAGAAUAUUGGUGGAUAAAGUCAAUGGUUUACAACUACAGCUGAAUGAGGAAGUGAUGGUUGCUGAUGAUCUGGAAAGUGAGAAAGAAAAGCUGAAAUCACUUUUGGCAGCUAAAGAAAAGCAGCAUGAAGAGAGCCUGAGAACUAUUGAGGCUCUGAAGACUAGAUUUCAGUAUUUUGAGAGUGAUCAUUUAGCAUCAGGAAGCCAUUUCAGCAACCGAAAAGAAGAUAUGCUUCUUAAACAAGGUCAAAUGUACAUGGCAGACUCACAGUGUUCUUCCCCAGGUAUGCCAGCCCAUAUGCAAAGCAGAUCUAUGUUAAGACCACUGGAGCUAUCUUUACCCAGUCAGGCCUCAUAUUCUGAAAAUGAAAUUUUAAAGAAAGAGUUGGAAGCAAUGAGAACUUUCUGUGAUUCAGCGAAACAAGACCGGUUUAGGCUGCAGAAUGAGCUGGCUCACAAAGUGGCAGAAUGCAAAGCUUUAGCGCUGGAAUGCGAGAGAGUCAAGGAGGACUCAGAUGAGCAGAUCAAGCAAUUAGAAGACGCCUUAAAAGAUGUGCAGAAGAGGAUGUAUGAGUCAGAAGGCAAAGUGAAACAGAUGCAGACGCAUUUCCUCGCCCUGAAAGAGCACCUCACGAGUGAGGCAGCGCCUGGGAGUCACAGAGCGACAGAGGAACUGCGGGAGCAGGUGAGAGACAUGAAGGCUAAAUACGAAGGCGCUUCAGCUGAAGUGGGGAAACUACGAAACCACAUCAAACAAACGGAGAUGCUCGUAGAAGAGUUUAAGAGGGAAGAAGGCAAGCUGAAGGAGGAAAACAAGCGAUUGCAGAAGGAAUGUGGAGUGUGUGAGAUGGAGCAAGGGAAGAAAGGGAGGGAGAUCACAGAGAUGGAAGGCCGGCUAAAAGAACUGGCAGCAAAGUUAGCCCUUUCUGUGCCGACAGAAAAAUUUGAAAACAUGAAGAGCUCACUAUCAAAUGAAGUGAAUGAGAAGGCAAAAAAAUUGAUAGAGAUGGAAAGACAGUAUGAAAAAUCUCUUAGUGAAAUUAGACAGUUAAAGAGAGAACUUGAGAACUCUAAGGCCAAGCUUGCUCAGCAUGUCAAACCAGAGGAACAUGAGUCCCUCAAGAGCAGAUUAGAGCAAAAGUCAGGAGAACUCGGGAAGAAGAUCACUGAGUUAACGUUGAAAAAUCAGACACUGCAAAAGGAAAUCGAAAAAGUUUACCUGGACAAUAAACUCCUCAACCAGCAAGUACAUAACUUAACACUUGAAAUGAAGAGCCAUUAUGUUCCCAUGAAAGUAAGUGAAGAAAUGAAAAAGUCACACGAUGCGAUUGUUGAUGGUUUGAAUAAAAAGCUGUUAGAUGUAACACAAAAAUAUUCUGACAGGAAGUUGGAAAUAGAGAAAUUGCUGAUGGAAAAUGCCAGUUUAAGGAAGAACGUUAGCCGCCUGGAAUCUGUGUCCAUACCUCCUGAGAAACAUGAAAAAGAGACAAUGGCUUUGAAAUCCAGUGUAGUCGAACUUAAAAGCCAGCUCUCGGAACUGAAUAGAAAAUGUAGUGAUGACCAAGAGAAAAUGCGCGCACUCCUGUCUGAAAGCGCUAGCUUGAAAAAGACCAUCAGUCAUCAGUAUGUGCCACUUAAAACCCACGAAGAGGUAAAAACGACAUUGAGCAGCACCUUAGAUAAAGCAAACCAAGAAUUAAUCGACAUGAAGAAAAAACUUGAAGAUAAAAAUCAUGACUUCCUAAAAGCAAAACAUGAGAGUGAUGUAUUAAAAAGGAACCUGGAAAACACUCAGACCCAAAUGCGAGUCGAGUACAUGAGCCUGAAGGAGCAUGAGGAGAAGAUGGGGACUGUGAGUGACAGCCUGAGAAAGGUGCAGGAGAACAGUGCUGAAAUAUCAGCAAACUACAGAAAAGGCCAAGAGGAGAUUGGGAGGCUGCAUGCGGAAAUCGAAGCCCAGAAGAAGGAACUCGACACAAUACAAGAGUGCAUUAAGCUAAAAUACGCGCCAAUUAUCAGCUUAGAAGAGUGUGAGAGAAAAUUUAAAGCAGCAGAGAAAGAACUGAAAGACCAGUUAUCAGAACAGACACAGCGGUAUAGUGCCAGGGAAGAGGAGGCCAAGAAAUACAAACAAGAGGUUGAAGAGUUAAAGAAUGAGAUCCUGUCCCUUCAGAAGGAGUUAAAGGAGAAGAAUGUUCUCAUUGAGAAUUCUCAUGAACUGGAAAGAGCGGUCAACAGAAAAACAGAAGACCUAGGCAAACAGUUAAAAGACUUGUCGCAGAAAUACACAGAGGUAAAGAAUGAGAAAGAGAAGCUAGCUGAAGAAAAUGCCAAACGGACUUCUGAGAUACUUGCAGUGCAAACUCGUUUGCAAACACAGUCUGUUCCACUGGAGCAGUUUGAGGCUCUGAAAAAAUCUCUGAAGGGCACAAUUGAGAAUCUAAGGGAAGAACUGCAGGAUAAACAAAGGUGUUAUGAGAAAGAGCAGCAGGCAGUGACCAAAUUGCAGCAAAUGUUGGAGAAUCAAAAGAACUCCUCUGUGCCCUUGGUGGAGCAUUUGCAAACUAAGGAAGCCUUUGAGAAAGAAGUUAGAGUCAUGAAAGCCAGCUUGAAAGAAAAGGAAGCCGAAAGCCAAAACAAAACCGAAGAAGUCUCCAAACUCCAGUCUGAGGUUCAUAAUACUAAACAAGCAUUGAAGAAAUUAGAGACUAGAGAGGUCGUUGAUUUGUCUAAAUUUAAAAGUAUGAAAAGUGAUUUGGAGAUGCAAAUUUCCAACUUGAAUGAAAAAUUGGCGAACCUGAAUAGGAAGUAUGAGGACGCAUGUGAGGAGGUUUUGCAUGCCAAAAAGAAGGAACUCUUUGCAAAGGAUGAGAAGGAAUUACUCCAUUUUAGCAUUGAGCAAGAAAUCCAGGACCAGCGAGAGCGGUGUGAUAAAUCCUUGACGACAGUCACAGAGUUGCAGAGAAGGAUACAAGAGUCUGCUCAACAAAUUGAAGCCAAAGAUAAGAAGAUAACUGAACUGCUUAAUGAUGUAGAAAGACUACAACAGGCCCUCAAUGGCAUUUCUCAGCUUACCUACAUGAGUGGGACUCCCACCAAGAGACAGAGUCACCUGGUCGAGACUCUGCAGCACCAAGUGGAAUCUCUGCAGCAGCAGCUGGCUGAUGCAGACAGGCAGCACCAAGAAGUGAUCGCAAUUUACCGGACACACCUUCUUAGUGCUGCGCAGGGUCACAUGGAUGAAGACGUCCAGGCAGCCUUACUCCAGAUCAUACAGAUGCGGCAGGGGCUGGUGUGCUAGCGGUCAGUACUGACCAGCCACUGUCCACUUUAUCCUGCUGGUGCUGAGCAGUCUAUGCAAAACUCACAGCCUUGCUGGGCCUUACCGUGCUAGCAGAACAAAAAUAAAAUCUAUUUUGUUCCACCAGUAAGUUGUUGUUUUUUUUAAUUAGAUGAGUAUGCUACUGAGUUUUUCAAUAUCAGUUCAAAUCUUAUAUUCUGAAUAUGUACAUUUUACAGUGUGGCAAACAGCAUAACACUG